AGAAAUCAUGGCAAGAACCAAGCAGACCGCUCGUAAGUCUACCGGAGGUAAAGCUCCCAGGAAGCAGCUGGCCACCAAGGCUGCUCGUAAGAGCGCCCCGGCCACCGGCGGAGUGAAGAAGCCUCACCGUUACAGGCCCGGUACCGUGGCUCUCCGUGAGAUCCGUCGCUACCAGAAAUCCACCGAGCUGCUGAUCCGCAAGCUGCCCUUCCAGCGCCUGGUCCGUGAAAUCGCUCAGGAUUUCAAGACCGACCUGCGCUUCCAGAGCUCCGCUGUCAUGGCUCUGCAGGAGGCCAGCGAGGCUUACCUGGUCGGCCUCUUCGAGGACACCAACCUGUGCGCCAUCCACGCCAAGAGAGUCACCAUCAUGCCCAAAGACAUCCAGCUGGCCCGUCGCAUCCGCGGAGAGAGAGCUUAAAUUAUCUGCUGCUCCA